AUGGAAAGAAAAAGACAACUAUACAAACUUAUUGUUACGUCCUCUGAUGAGAGCUACUCCUCCAAAGAGUCUUCCCCAGAAGUCAAGAAAGAGGAAAUCUUCGAAUUUGACGGCAGAGAGUUCUGCAAGCACAUUGACCUUCAUGACGAUGAGAAAGAAGAUCACUACAACUCCGUAUGCUUAACGGAGAGUCCUUUCUUCUCCUCCAUGAAAUUGCCCAUGAUCAUCGAGGAAGAGGCAGAGUCUGAGUACAACAAAGUAGUGCCAGACCUCAGCUUGAAAGAUGAUGAGGAUGAAGAUGAAUCCCCAUUCUUCGUAGUACCUUCCAAUGAAUCUUCCUUUGAGGAUUCAUGUGAGUACUCAUCACUGAUGAAAAAGCUCUGGAACAAGAGUAAAUAAAUCAUUAUCCCUAAUCUGCAUUGGUUCAUGGUCAAGAGGAAGCAAAAUCCAUUACUGGGUUCCCUCUGGCUGUGUCUCACAAGCAGGGUCCUUUCAUAACAUUAAUUCAUUGAUAAAUUUUAAAAGUACAUAUCUCUCAAAGAGUAAUAAGCUUUCAGGUUUGGGUUUUAACACUUUUUCACCGCUAUCAUAA